CUCCAGGGCGCUUUGCGGGACUCCACGGCCGAACAUGGGGUUCAGUUUUGUCACCGUCCGUCUGCCUGAAGUGAAUGUGAGGGGAAACACCAUGGAGAAGCGAUUCUGAAGCAGGAUAAAAGCGUCUGCGAGGAAGAAGCCGGUUCAUCUCCAUCCGAGUGCGUGUGCCAGAAAGAAAAGAGGGAGAAAGAGGGGAGGCUUUACUGGAAACCCAGUCUCUCUCAGUCCUGGGACCCGCUGAGCUCCUCCAGCCUGGGACUGUGUGUGUUUGUGGGACCAAGCCUCAAAGUUUAAUGCUGAAUAUCCCCGCGUCAACCUGAGGUCCAGGGUGUAAGGGGGAGCAGCAGGUCUCGGAGCUCCAAUGCCAGUGGACAUGCAGCCACACCAGGGGCUGUAUCACUACGAGACCUCACCCAGCCAGCCCUCCAGAGGCCUAGUCCCAUCAGACCAGUCUCCCUACAGCGAUGUGUCUCCGCUGCGCGCCCCGCUCAUCAACGGCCCUGCGCAGGACUGUCGAGCUAUGUAUAAUCCUAUGACUCCCAGUAUGACUCAUGGAUCGGGACCAGCACAGGGGAUUGGCCACUGCAUGGAUCAAUACAUGAGGCCCCCUCAGGCCCCACCGCCCCACAGCGUGAUGGGCCACAGGGGCAUGCCGCCCACGGAGGGUGGCAAUAGCACCCCCUACUGUAGCCAGAACAACAUGAUGUCCUCUCACCAUAACUUCUGCCAGGUCCAGCCUGGCUCUGAUCAGAUUGGGUCUGUUGACGGUUCGAGGUUCUCCACACCUCGCUCCAUACUGAAGCUGAGCAAAAAGAGAGCACUGUCCAUCUCUCCCCUGUCCGACGCCAGUGUCGACCUGCAGACGGUGAUCCGGACAUCACCCAACUCAUUAGUGGCCUUUGUCAACUCUCGCUGCAACCCCAACGGAGCCAGCUCCUACGGCCAUCUCUCUGUGAGCGCCAUGAGUCCGUCUCUGGGUUAUUCCAGCAACAUAAACUGUCAAUCCAGGCAACACGGAAGCAUGUAUGGUGGAGGCGGGGGGACGCCCCUGGGUGGACACACACCAGGUCCCUGCCAGGCUUCCCGCUUACCUCCGCACAAUCCUCGGCUGCACGUUACGCCCAAGCAUGGACACCUGAAAACGGAGCCAGGGCUGGGCAGUGUGAUGGAUGGCAUCAAUGUGAAGAGCCUGGAGGAGAGAUCAGAGGGAGAUGUGGCCAGUCCGUCUUCCACUGGAACUCAGGACCCUCUCCUGGGUCUACUGGACGGCAGAGAUGACUUGGAUAAAGACGACGGGAAACCUGAGCCAGAGGCCGUCUACGAAACUAACUGUCACUGGGAAAGCUGCAACAAGGAAUUUGACACACAAGACCAGCUGGUUCAUCACAUCAACAAUGAGCACAUUCAUGGCGAGAAGAAGGAGUUUGUGUGUCACUGGCAGGAGUGCUCUCGAGAACAGAGGCCGUUCAAAGCCCAGUACAUGCUGGUGGUUCAUAUGCGCAGACACACAGGAGAGAAGCCACACAAGUGCACUUUUGAAGGCUGUAACAAGGCCUACUCUCGCCUGGAAAAUCUGAAGACCCACCUGCGCUCUCACACUGGGGAGAAACCAUACGUGUGUGAGCAUGAAGGCUGCAACAAGGCCUUUUCAAAUGCUUCUGACCGCGCCAAGCAUCAGAACCGGACUCACUCCAAUGAGAAACCGUACGUAUGUAAGAUCCCCGGCUGCACUAAGCGGUACACAGAUCCAAGCUCUCUACGGAAACACGUGAAGACGGUGCAUGGCCCCGAAGCCCACAUCACCAAGAAGCAUCGUGGAGACACGGGGCCUCGACCCCCUGGCUCAGCUAUGACCCCUGGAGGCCAGAACUCUGAACUUCUGCUGGAGAAAGAGGAGACACGCAGGGAGGACUGCAAACUGCUGGCUCCUGAGAUGGCUCUGAAAUCCCAGCCAAGUCCUGGAGGUCAGUCAUCAUGCAGUAGUGAACGUUCUCCACUGGGGAGCGCCAACAACAAUGACAGCGGGGUGGAGAUGAACCUGAAUGCAGCCGGCAGCUUGGAGGAUCUCACAGCGCUGGAGGAUGGAGUGGCAGGUGGCGGAGGAGGAGGGGAGGCAGGAGGUCUGGGAGGAGCGAUGGGAAUGUCAGCGCAGGCUUUGAAGAGGCUGGAGAACCUGAAGAUUGACAAGCUGAAGCAGAUCCGCAGACCGACGCCCCCUAGUCGCUGUGCAAACAACAAGUUACCAACACUUCCUGGUCCAGGGGAGAAUAUAGGAAUGUGUGCACCUUCUCCGCUUCUUUCAAAUCGACGUGUCAUGGAGCUGUCUAACCACGAGUUGGGAGGUGGAACUUCGAUUGGCUGCUCCACUAACGACAGGAGAGGAAGCGGGACCAGCAGUCUAAGCUCUGCCUACACUGUCAGCCGUCGCUCCUCCAUGGUGUCUCCUUACCUGUCCAGCCGGCGCUCCAGUGAGGUCUCACAGAUGGGAGGAACAGGAGGGGGACAGUGUCACCUCUUUGGCCCAGAGCAGAGUGGGGGAGAUGCCCUCUCUCCUGAGACCAAUCGCAGGGGAGCUCCGUGUCCUGGUGGGGGAGGAGGAUUGCCAGGUCUUCCAAAUUUAACACCCGCUCAGCAAUACAGCCUAAAGGCCAAAUACGCUGCAGCAACUGGUGGACCUCCACCCACUCCAUUACCCAACAUGGAGCAACCAGUCACUCCAGGCAGAAGAGGAGGUGUUUUGAGCGAGUACCAGGGUCAGCCUCUGCCCCCAUUCAUUCAACAAGCCGGUCCACGUAGGCACAGCGCCAACACAGAGUAUGGCACCGGGGUUAUCUACCCUCACCAGGCUCCAGGAAACAACAACAGACGAGCCAGUGACCCGGUUCGAUCAGUAGCGGAUCCACAGGCUCUACCAAAACGCUUCAAUAGCCUUAAUAACGUAGCCAUGAUGAGCAGAAGGAAUGCACUGCAACACCGUGGUUCUGACACCAGUCUCGCCCGCCACAUGUACUCCCCUCGGCCGCCAAGCAUCACUGAGAAUGUAAUGAUGGAGUCUAUGGGUAUGGAGCCCCACCUCUCCCCUGUUGAUGCCAGGGAUCGUUCUCUGAUGAUGCCCCCUGGAGAAAGAAAUUUUAUGGGAUACCAGCAACAGCAUCAAACUCUUGGAGGAGGUGGAGGUGCUCUUUCAAACCAGCUCUCCCCAACCCAUGACUCCCUGGGCUGCCCAGACCAGGGUUACAUGCAGGGGCACUAUCAGAAUCAGGCAGGGGAAGUAACCUCUAGGGUUGGUGGAAAUCCAAUGGGCCAAACAAGGCCGAUUCAUCCAGAGGGCAUUUCUAAUGCUCUUCUCCAGCAGGCCGAGUACAGUAUGAGCACCUGCCAGCUCAGUCCAUCGGGUCCCCAUUAUCCCAGCAUCGGCCAGGGUGGUGACGCUGGAGGUCCUUGGAGUGAUGCCCACAGCCAGGUCCAACCUUCCAGCCACGCGCUUCAGAACCAGAGAGGAAUACAGUAUUCAGACCCCACCCUGCAGCCUCAACAGACACAGGCCCACUUCAGUAAUCAGACAGGCCUGUAUAACAGCCCGGAUGGAACCCACAAGCUCACCAUCAAGCCCGAGCAGCAGUUCCACCCUGGGAUGGGAGGCAGAGAUGCGUGUCAAAGUGCGAAGCUCCAACAGCAGCAGAUGCUCCUCCAGCAGACUCAGGGUUACCCACAGCAGACAGGCCAGGUUAUGAUGAGGAACUCUAACAAUCCAAGUUGUGACUUUCAAGGCCAGAGCCAAACCUCUUAUCCCGGUAGAGGGGGCUUGAGUUUGGGUUGCACCGGAACUGCUCUUUCAGAAGGGCAGAGGUCAGAAACCCCCAUGAUGCAGGUGAAGGAAAUGAUGGUGAGGAACUAUGUACAGUCCCAGCAAGCACUCAUGUGGGAGCAGCAGCAAGAGCAGCAACAACAACAGCAGCAGCAGAGUGGAAUAAAACCUCCUUCACUGGCCGAAAAUAUGGAUAUGAGUGGCCAGGCAGUGAUGAUGCAGCGCAGCCCACAGCACCAAAACCAGAACCUUUAUUCCAACCAGGCCUAUCCUUCCUACCCCAACCAGAACCUGGUCAUGAGUCCUCCAGCCCACAGCCGAGUGCCCAGUUCUGUGACAACUAAAGACCAGCAGCUGACAGGUCUCCCAGGGUCGUGCUAUGGCCAGGAGAUGGUGGUUCCUAGGCCUCCUCAGGUACGGAAAGCCCUCAGCCGCCAGAACAGCGUGUCACAGGUAGGAGGGGGCUACCUGGGCAGCCCACCCCACCUCAGCCCUGUCCACUCCACUCCCAGCCCCAGGCGAGGGGUCAGACUUCCUCCAGUCCAACAUCCGCAGCACCCACAAAACGAAAUGUUCUCCCCUUCCAAUAACAACAACAUUUACUACGCGGGUCAGAUCAACAUGGAUAUGGAUAAACAUAUGGACCCCCAGAACGGGCCUUGUAUCAACCAGCAGCUUAGCAUGGCAUCCAAUCUGGACUCAACAGGUGGCACUAAGUCUGCUCCCUAUACUGAGUCCGGCCCCAUCUCCAAUGCCUUAGAAAACCUGGACCUGGACAAUGCUCGCAUAGACUUCACCUCCAUCAUCGAUGAUGCCGACUCUUCCUCGUUCAGCCCGGUCAACCAUCCCCUUCAGGGAUCUUCCUCUCAGGCCUCAUCGCGCCUCACCACCCCUCAGACUUCUGUCAGCUUAGCCGCAGGCUCUGGUCUGUCCAACAUGGCCGUUGGGGACAUGACAUCCAUGCUUACCUCGCUGGCUGGGGAGAAUAAAUACCUGAACACUCUGUCUUAGAAGACAACUCAGCAUAUACUCUGACUAACAAUCAAACUGAGGCCGUGUCGAGGUCUAAUAUAGACAGCCUGGAGUUUCAUACUCCUAAGUCCUGUUGCUUGUAGUGAUUUUCUCUUGUAUGUUGCAAGAACGGUCAGUUGAGGUGAGACAGACAAACGUUUGAAUGGAACAUUUCAUGAAUGACUCAUUAGUCUGGGCUGUUUUAUUCGUCCCUUUAAGCCUUCAUAAAUGAACCCAACACGUUAACCCUUCUCCGAGCCAGGGCCCUGAACUGUCUAGGGGUCUGUUGCUAUUGGAUACCAAUGUAACAGGAAUAACAAUAUGCUGUAAUGGUCGCUGGUCGCAAGUUGUGACUAAGCUAUUAAUGUGGUCCCAUUACUUACAUUUUUAAGAAUCCCCACCCUAAACCUUAAAACCAAAGGUGCCUGGUCAGUCUCGCUCUUUUGCUGUAUUCUUCCAUCACUGCCUUGGUACUUGGUAUUUUUUUAUGCCUGAUAAGAAACUGAUGCUGAACUUUUGCCAAACAGGCAUUCCAGUCACAUAGGGCUGUGGCGACAGUGGAGCAGAGAAUGAUACGUGUAAAUAGGUUUUAUAUACAUUUAUAUAUGUUGUGUAUAUGACAAUGAGACUUUGGAUAAAUCCUCCGCUCUCUCCUGAUCAACUGCUUGGAUUCUGAAGGCCAACAUUCAGAUGAGAGUUGUUAAGGUAGCUGGUCGGACGGAUGAGAGAGAUACGCUUUUUAGUGAUUGAGAAAUUAUUUCUCGGUGCUACUAAAUAUUAAUCUGCAAUGCUAGAGAUUUCUUCCUCGUCGUGAACAUCACAGUCACACACCAGCGGCGUAUCAGUAUUCCAACACACACAGACACAGACACACAUAGACCUCAUUCAGACCUGGUAUUAACAUCCAUCCUGAGUGAUCCGAUCACAAGUGGACAGUGCUAAGUGCAGGUUCCUGAAUGCGUCCUGAGAUGUUAGUACCAGGUCUGAACAGGGCCAUCUUAUUCCCACACGUGCACAGAUGCAGACACACACAUAUCCUUCACACAGACACUCAGGACUCUGAAUCUUUGGUGUUCAGAUUGUGUUGUAAAUUGCCUUUUCCAGACAGAGAGUUUGCACUCCACAUGUUUACUGUAAGUGUUCUUAAAGCAGCUGUGUACCUUUUUCAGUGGCGAUUAUGUGACUGAAAAACAGAAAGUGCCUUGCUCUUUCCAAGGUACACACAUAGGGGUUAAUGAGUAAAUGUAAAAUGUGUGCCACAAUCCCCUCUGUGUUACAAUAUGUCUGAUAUACUCAAACAUAACUGCCUUUGCUCAACAUUAACUCGACCUACGACUCGUACACGACUCAGCUGAGGAUGACGGCUUUUUUUUUUGGAAUGAAACCCGAAUCAGCUGUUUUUGUAUUUGAUAACAGAUCACUAAUGGAUGCCUGUAUUUGAGAGGUACAGUCGCCGUACAGUGCUGCUGCACCUUGGCUCGAAUCCCAAAGAGGAGUUUUUUGGAAACAAAUCAGCGUCAGGACAGGGGGAUCAAGACGGAGGAAUUUAAUCAGUUGCUACCACUGUAGUGAAACACGUAUUUUUAUAGCUACGCUGAGGUACUUCUGUGUGACUGCUGAGCUGUAUCACAUGAAAAAAAGGCUGCAGCUCUUGGCAGGAGAACAAAUUUUACACUGUGGCUUUGCACUGACUACAGCACUGUGUGUAAAGGUCUCUGUCUCUCACAACUAUUCAAAUGAACCUCAUUUUGAGAAGAAUAACAAAUUGUCAUUGGAGAACACAUCCGAGCACAGCUAGACUCAAUAAGGACUCGUAAAAAUAUUCUCUUUAUGUGACUUUAUCAGAAUAAAACAGUAGCGUCCCUUCUAAGUGUUAAUGAGCAUUAGCGGAAUUAACCUAUAUUCAUGUUGGUACAGUGUACAUUCUACCAAAGACACCUUAAAAUGACUGAGAAACGAUGCACAAAUAGUCUAUGUUAACACAACACUAACACUAGCAAUAAGCAACACUGACUGAUAGUGCUGUUCUUUAGAAUGUAUGAGAAGUUUUGUAUAAAAUGAUCUUUUAUAUUAAUGAACUUUAUGGAUGUCGUCUUCUAUGUGCGUGUGUGUGUGCGUGUGUGUGUGUUUUUUUAUUACUGUCAUCCUUCACUCUGACUUUUUUGCUGGCAAAAGAAAAUAUCAACCUUUAGCUACAGAAAGAUAUAAUAGUAGCAUUAACUAUAAUAGACGAAAGCCAAGUGUUAUAUUUUGUGUACAAUUUUCUACAUUUUUAUACAAAUGUGCUAUAUUUUACCAGUCUAUGAAUAAACAUGUUCAGUUUGGGAUGG